AUGGCAGAAGAUGACAUAGAUUGGUAUUUUGGUUCAUUGGCUUCUAUUCCCAAGAAUGAUUCUGUUGCUUUAACAGCCUCUAGCAAAAAUUCUUAUCUUGACGUACAAACUCAAGAGUCUAAAAAUGGAAAGAACGCACAUAAAGUUGACGACGCCAAUGAGUUUGUUCGUAAUGAUACAGAUACUUUUUCAACCUUAGCGGAUU